AUGGUUCAGUUCAAGGAUCUUGUUACUCGGACGUUGGUAUUAUUUAUACUUUUUGAGUGUUCUUUGUCGUUAGAAGAAAAACCAAGGAAGACUAAAAAGUGGAUGAGAAAUAAAAUUGAAAGUUUGCCGAAAAAUCUCAUGGAAAAUGUUUUGGUUAAAUCUUUGGAAGGCAAAAAAAAUAUUCAUGAUGAACCAUCCCAGAUGAAUGUACUUCAACUUUCAGAAAUGACCAAUCAACAAAGUCCUUGUCAAAAAAAGCACUGUGGUGCUGGACGUGUAUGCAAGUUGACUGAAAAUGGUGAAGCGGAAUGCGUUUGUAUUUCAGAUUGUCCUGUUGAAACAGAAGAUAGAAGAAAGGUUUGUUCAAACUAUAAUCAAACAUGGGGUUCUGAUUGUGAAAUUCAUAGAAUGCGUUGCAACUGUGAAGAAAAAUCAGAAAAAUGUAGUAAUCCAGAAUUUAGUCACCUACAUGUGGAAUAUUACGGGGCUUGUAAACAAUUGUCAGCAUGUUCUGACUCAGAAAUGGCAGAUUUCCCAAGGAGAAUGAGGGAAUGGCUUUUUCACAUAAUGCAAGAUUUGGCAGAUAGAGAAGAAUUAAGCCCCCAUUUUAAAAAUAAGAUGAAUGAUGCAGAAACUAAUAUGACAAAACUUUGGAGUAAUGCUGCUGUUUGGAAGUGGUGUGAUUUGGAUGGUUAUCCACAUGAUAGAUCUGUAUCGAGACACGAAUUGUUUCCAAUUAGAGCACCACUUAUGUAUUUAGAACAUUGUAUUGCUCCAUUUUUAAACAAAUGUGAUGCUAAUUCAGAUCACAUGGUUACACUUGAAGAAUGGGGAAAUUGUUUGGAAAUCCCUAAGGAAACACUAGAGGACGAAUGUGAUGACUUACGCCAAGAACUAAAUUAA